CCAGCGGCUUUCGCUGCGAACUGCAAGCUACUUUGGUUUGCUUUGGACGACGCGGCGAGUUAACCGGUGGCCGGCUCGAAAACUGAAAUCAAUUCUGGUGCCUGCUGCAGCAUGGGUGGAGGCCGAGCCCGCAAAGGCGGCAGCAACGGUGGGGGAGCGGAAGAGGCGCCAGCACGGGCCAAAAUGAGUGCUCCUGGAGAAGCACAGCAGGUGGCCCUGGUACGGGUGAAUACGGCGAGGAAAUCCUUUCCUGCCGCUUGUGAGACCCACAAGAAGCACAGGAAAAGGUUCUUUCGUGGAGGCACCUAUGGUCUAUACCUGAGUGUCUCUCGGCGCAAACGGCGUCACCGCAAGGCCGGCUCAGACGAAAGUGGGACUUCUAUGGAUGGGGAGGCAACUGCACCUGAAACGGGCAAGGAGAACAGCUGCCCUGCACCAUCAGCAGAGGCUCCAGCAGAGGAAAGUGCCAGUGAGGGAAACUCGCAGAAUGGGGUCCAGCCUGGGGAGGGCUCUGCUGGUUGGGGCCAUGAUUCAAGCAUUGCUUCUAGUGUCAAAAGUCGACAGCGAGUGAAGCGGCGCCUAAUGGAUGACCAUGUUGAUGUUGAUGAAGUGAGCCUCUGCUCAUCCAGCAGUCCACCUGACGGAGCUGGCAAGAAAGUUCCUCCACGCAAAGGUAUUAAUGGUGGCGGUCCCUUCUGCCAGGCAGACCUCAAUUGUGUUCGACUAGAGGUUGUGUGGGAUAGCGAGUCACCGUCAUGCCAGCGGCCGUGCUGCUGCACAGAGCCAAGUAGGCCUGCAACAGAGAAUCAGUCACAUUGUCAAGGUCUGGACUCCUUGCAAGGCAGGGUAGUGGGAUGCACACGGCCGCUUAGGUCGCAGCAACUAGGACGUGCUUCAGUGCGGAUGCCUUUCGGGGCCUUCUGUGGUGCCCACCAGCAUCGGCUGCGGCUGCACCACUGCUGUCCCCACUGUGGCCUCUUCUGCACUCAAGGUCAUUUUGUGAUGUGCAGCGAAGGGCACCUGUGGCAUAGCCAGUGCCAGCAGAAUGGUCACGCAAAGGAAAGCUGCCCCCAUUGUGGUUGCGAUGGAUUUCAGCCUGUGCGCCUUGAAGCCCUUGGCUGUCCCCUCUUCCAGACUUCCCAGCAUUGCUCAGCACCAGGUCCUCGUGCACGUAUGUCGCUCCCAAAGCCAAAGCCUCCAGCAUCGAGUAAUGAAAAAGGAGACCAAGGAAAAUUGAAGAAGGAGACACAGGAGUGUGCAGCCACUGUUGACCAGCCUCCAAUAUCACCUGGACGCAAGGAAUUAGACCAAUUGGUGCGGCAUCUGCGGCAGGCUGCUUCAUCCACUAGUGGUCGUCCAGUUCCACAAGGCGCUGCGGGCACAUCUGUAUUACUGGCUGCCUGCCGUCAAGGCGAUGUUGAUAGAGUUGUUCACUGCCUUUCUGGUCGAGAUAUUGGCCCAGCAGACUAUGGAGCCUUGCAUGCAGCAGCCCAAGGAGGACAUCUAAUUCUGGUUCACAUGCUCCUUCAGGUGGGCCUUUCGGUUAACCAGAGUGAUGAUCAACUGUACACACCUCUGAUGAGGGCAGUGGAUGCUGGAGCCUGUGCUGUUGUGCAGUACUUACUGAAAGCCGGUGCUGAUGCUCAUGCCAAGGGUGAAGAUGGUAUGAGCUGCCUGCAUUUGGCCGCUCGGUGUGGCAGCCUGGAACUUUGUCAGAUGUUCCUGGAUGCAAAACUGCCUGUAAAUGAUCAGGAUGAAGGAGGAUGGACACCAUUGGUGUGGGCCACAGAGCAUCGGCGAGUCAAUGUGGUGCAACUUCUGUUAUCCAAGGGAGCAGACCCAAACCUCAGGGAUACUGAGGAGAACACAGCACUACACUGGUCUGCCUUCUCAGGCAAUGUGGAGAUUUCGUGGAUGUACCUGGAGCGCGGCUGUGAUCCCAAUGCCAGCAAUGAGCGUGGUGACACCCCUCUGCACGUGGCUGCAAGGCAGGACAACUAUGAUGUGGUGGUGCUGCUGCUGAACCACAAGGCUCGGUUUGAUGCCCCAAACAAGCUUGGUGACACACCAUUGGCAUGUUGUAAGGAUGACAAAGCCACAAGCUACUCCUUGCUGAGCAUCAACCAGAUGCUUGGCCAACUGCUAAAGAACAAGCUGCGUGUUGAGCGUGUACUUCACAGGGACAUCAGCAGGGGCAAGGAGCCACAUCCAAUCUCGUGUGUCAAUGGAGUUGAUGAUGAACCUGCUCCCACUGACUUCUUGUAUCUGGUUGAGAACUGCCAGACAGCUGCUGUUCCUUUGGACCGCUCCAUCACUGCCUUGCAGAGUUGUAAGUGCCAAGACAAAUGUGCAUCACAGAGCUGUGUCUGCUCGAGCAUCAGUUACCAGUGCUGGUAUGAUGAGGAUGGCUGUCUUGUUCCGGAUUUCAACUUACUGGAUCCUCCAAUGCUGUUUGAGUGUAGUAGAGCAUGUCUCUGUUGGAGUGACUGCCGCAACCGAGUUGUCCAGAAAGGCAUCACGUGUCAUCUUCAGCUGUUCCGGACGCAGGGAAAAGGCUGGGGUGUCCGCACUUUGCAGGAUAUUCCCCAGGGUGCAUUUGUGUGCGAGUACAUUGGGGAGAUGCUCUCGGAUUCAGAGGCAGAUAAGCGAGAAGAUGACUCAUACCUGUUUGACUUGGAAAAUCGGGAUGGAGAAACAUACUGUCUGGAUGCCCGGCAUUAUGGCAAUGUGAGCCGGUUUGUGAACCACCUGUGUGAGCCAAACCUUGUGCCUGUACGAGUUUUUGUGGACCACCAGGACCUGCGGUUUCCUCGAAUGGCCUUCUUCAGUUCACGGCCCAUUGCUCGCAAUGAAGAACUGGGAUUUGACUACGGAGAAAAGUUCUGGAUAAUUAAAUACAAAAUGUUCACAUGUGAGUGUGGCUCACCGAAGUGCAAGUAUUCCAAGGAGCGCAUUGGUGAGACCCUGCUUAAUUACCGGCGCCGAGAAGAGGCUGCUGCUCAAGCUGGUGGGACCCACUAGCCUCUAGUGCGCCUGUGGCGUUCACUGCCUUUUUAGGUCUAUUCCUGUAAAUCAGUGGUUUUUUGUUUCUUACCUGUGUGUAUUUUCUACAAGCAGCGAUUGGGUAACCACAGUGAUCACCCUUGGCAAGUUGGGAAUGAGGGUACAUAGAGAGCUGCAUGUAUAUGUCUCUUUAUCUUAUCCUAUAUCUCGCAGACAUUAGUUAAAGCUUGCACCAAACGGUAGCAGUGUCAUUUUACCACAAGCAGCAGUUGUGAGUUGAGAAAUUGACUUAUUGUGCUUGUUCGUUCCUCAUGUUUGCCUUGGGCAGGGGUUGACUUUAUUAAAAAAUAAAGCUAUCAAGCCCAUGGUUUUAACCACUGCACCUGUUCGUGUGAGUGAUCAGAUACUUUAUUGGAAAGGAACAAACAUUGAUUAUUUUUCAUCAGACUCGUAUGAUGCACCAUGCCACAGCAUUGAUUGAGAUGUGGUGCCUAAAACACCGGUGCACAUAUACUGUGUCAUGCUGUUUCUUCGCACCAGUGACAUUUACAUUGCCACUGGAGCGAUUCGCAGGUUCAUGACGUGAACCUGCAAAUCUUGCACAUGCCAUCUGCAAGAUUCACAUGUUCAUAAAGUCAAUACACAACAGAAAGUGUGCCAUGAGUAAAAGCAAACUUAGUAAAGGCCGCCACUAACAAGAUAUAUCUCACACGUCCUGCUUGCCAAUGCUACUGCAGGCAGCGUGUGUGUGUUGCCGCAUGCAAGUUGCAUUCUUCGUCAGAUUGCAGGGCAUCCUCUUGUAUGUUCAAGAAAGUGGCACUGUAGUUUUCUAAGUUUCCCAGGAGUUCUGGGGCAUUCUGAAGAUUAAGUGGCAGUCCAACUACUUAUAUAGGAGUCAGGAGCUUAUAAUGGCUGUUUUGAAUGAUUGAGUUAUGAGGAAAAAAAAAGUCACUUGUGUCUAGGAAUAUUUUUAUUUGGCAAACAUCUGAAUUUGCUAUAUAUGAUUGCAGUUGCUGCUUGCUGUGAGGUCAGGUCCAUAAUUUGUUUUCAUUGUGCUUAAGGAUCAAAAACAUUGCCUAAAUUUACAAAGACUGUGUGCUAAACUUAGAAUGCAAAGAUGACUCCAUGAAUGCCCAUGAUGAGGACAUUAGUCUUUCUGUAGAUGAAUGACGAAACUGAGGCAGCAUUUGGCAUGGGAAAUGCCCCACUUGCAUCCUACAUCCCUGACAUGUGCCUGCAGGGUUUUAACCGAUGGCAUUAUGCAAAGGAGUGGUCUUGGUAACGACCGUCUUUGGUGACAUGAAGACCAGCUCUGUGGACUGGCUCAGUGCUUAAAGGGACACACUAAAUCUGUUUAGAGUGGUAAAGUAUUCCUUCAAAACUCUGUUUUCGUCUAUUUCAUGGUAAGAGGUUGAUCACCAUAAGAGGAAAUGAAGGCUAAACUUCAAUUUUUUUUAAUUUCAAGCUGACACAGCAGCGCCGGUGUGCCAAUGUGACAUGACAAGUUUUGGAGUAUUUUCUCGUAUGCAGCCCAUUGUGACAAUACAGAAGUUCUCCAAAUGUGCUCAAUUUAGUCUUUGGCUCCUUUAGCAUGUGAUGUUGUCCAUAUUGUAGUUCAAGUAAUUGACUAGACCUAAGCAGGCACUGUCAAAAUCCAUGGCAACACGGCGAGCUGGUACGGGAACUUCAAGACGGCAGCACUGCCAUUUGGCUUUAGUCUUUAGAUCUUUUCUGGCUUACCAAGCCUGCCAUGUUGUGGCAUUACUGGUAUUGCAGAAUUCAAGCCAACCUUUGAAGAUGUGCCGUAGCUGAAGAGCCUUCAAAAUGAAGCUCACCUCUUCCAUCGGAGGCCGUGAUCCGGAGUUCUUGUAACACAUCCAUUGAAAAACUAUUUUGUCGAAGGUCUCCAGAUCAUCCAACUUCACUUUCACGGCACUCUCCGAAGUAGUUCAGCACUGUCCAUAGAAGCCUUCUCCAAAACGAAGUUCACGAGCUCUACUGAGCGCUGGUUCAUCUUGAGCUUGGUGUCUCAAGGAAGAAUGUCACGCACAUGUUGGAGUCAGUUGCUGGCUGCACCAAAAUAAUGUAGCAUUCUUAGCUAAAAGGACACAAUACAUUUAAAGCUUUGCUGUGGAAAUGAUGUACACUUUGUCUCCAUUUACUCCCAACUUUGUCUUCCUUUUCUCCCUGCCCAGCCCCUUGCACUUCGUCUUUUAUCCAAAGGCUCAUAACUCUUUAGCACGUAUAUCCUGUAUUCAAUGUAUGAGCAAUAGACUCACGUAUGCCUGCCUUAAAAAUAUCAGAAAUUAUGCUUUUACCUUUUCUCAUACCAUGGAAUUGCAGUAUCUUGCCAGUGGUAUGUGGUGCCAAGCAUAUGUACACACAACUGUAAGAAGACUUCAGAGCACUGAAAUCACAAUAAACUUAAGUGUUAUCACUUGUAGUACUCCGCCUGUAAUUCAGGAGUGCAACAUGGUAGUUCGUACAAAGAAACACAUACUGCAUGUUUGAAUUUGAAGGAACAUGCAUUGAUUGCUACGAAAAUGAGUUUGUUCUCAAAUCCAAGGCACAAAAACUCCUUUAGUUACGGGUACAUAAGAAAAAUUUUUAAAAGCAUACAUAGUGAGAUGUAAUGUUUCAUUCCAGUCACUUCAUAUUUAAGCAUUAGGAUCAACAAAUAGUUUUGACUAUAUGGAGUGUAUUAUAUCUUUAUAUUGGCAGUAAAACUUGCGCAUAAAUGACAGGGGGCGACAUUCUGUGGCGAAAUGUGGCAUCAGGCCUUGAAACCGUGUCCUCACUUUUUUGCGGUGCGGCGCACUUCCGCUGAUGGCAUUGCGCACAAGCUGUUGUGAUUGUCUUGUUUCGCACAGUGCACGAUUUUGCACACUGUGCAUGAGGACACGUGAAUAGCGCUAUAAGUCAGUGCUACGCAGAUCACAGAGCCUGAUCCCGCACUGGAACAUGGUAGAAAAUGACAUAGUUUUGAUGUGUGCGUGCGACUGCACGACGUGGGGACAAGCAGAUGAAAUGGAAGUACAUCUCUCUUGCUGCGGUGCGAAGUAAAACAAAAAUAUGCAGACAUUCGGUUUGUGUGUUCUAUUAUUUCUCUAAGCUUUAAUUCAUCUAUUCAAGCAACAUAUUACACAAACAACAGAUGUUGCCUAGAAUAAUUCUCGAAGUUACGUGUCACCAUGAACAACGUCACAGUGAACACGUGUACGUCGGUGCACUAGCACGCGUACAUCAUCCUCCGGCUUGGAGCACAGUGGCUUUGAGGAGAAGGGAAAACGGCGUUCAGUUUGAAAUUUCAGAUCUUUCCGCGGCGAGUAAUGAUGUAAUACAUUGCAGGCGCGAUCGCUAUCGCGCAUUGUAUGCUUGGCGCUCAAAACAGCCAGACCUGGUAAGGGGCCCAUUAAUAAAAAAUUUAUUGAGUUAAAUAUUGUAUUUGUGCAGUUCACUAAAUUUCUGAUGUCUGCAACUGCUAUUAAAUUUAGCCAGCAAACACCAUAAUAAUUAGCCUGUUUAUGUUCACAGCAGAAAUAAGGUCUCUCUCGGUUAUUUCUGAUCACCCCUGUAUUGUGGUAGCAUGUUCUAUCAUAUGCCUGUGAAUGUCCCGCCUACACCACCUAAUUCUCUGCCACCCAUGACUGCAUUUUCCUUCUCUUGGCAUCCAUUCUGUUGUUCCAAUAGACCGUGGGGUACCUGCUCUGUGCAUUACAUGACCUGCCCAACAUCACGUCUUCGUCUUAAUUGCAACCAGAAAAGCAGCUGCACCCGUUAGCUCUCUAAUUCAUGUAGCCCUCUUUCCGUCUGUCAAAGCUACCAUUUUCCAUUCCAUCACUCAUUGCAUGAUCCUUUGCUUUUUCUCAAGCAAAGUUAUCCUUGAAGUUCUGGCUCCAUAGGUUGGUACUGGUAAUGUGCUGAUUGUAUACUUUUCAAGGAUGUUGAUAACAGCCCAUUAUAACUGGAGUGGCUGCCACAUGAACUUCAAAAGAUCUUCAUGAUAAUUAUCAUCAGAAACUAUCCUGUCGCAAAUCACUUGUUUAACCCUUUCAGGGUCGAUUUCUUUCAUGAUAUGCGACCACCCAGGGUUGAUUUUUUUUUAUUGCAGAUUCCAAUUCUUUUAAGAGACCUAUUUCAAAAAAAAAAUUUCCGUAAUUUUUCUAGGAUGACCAUAAAGAGAAAGAAUUUUGCGUUGGUAUAUAUGUGCUGUUUAUUCAUGAAUAACAACAAUAACAAAAGUGAGCAGAAAGGGGAUUAACCGAGGGGCCCGAUUUUUAUUAGUCAUAUCAUAAGAAGCCAACAAACACCGACACCAAGAACAACAUAGGGGAAAUUACUUGUGCUUAGUAAAUGAAAUAAACGAUAAAUUAAUGGAAAUCGAAAGUGGAUGAGAAACUUGCCGGAAAUGAGGAACGAUCCCACAACCUUCGCAUUUCGCGAAGGUUGUGGGUUAAUCCCCUUUCUUCUCGUUUAUUACAUAACAAGGGUCUCGAAUCUGGCAACAUUGAUGCCUUCAGGUAGCAUGUGUGGGUUUAUUGGCCAGUCGCCUUCACCUGAAAAGAUCACGUUCUCGUGACGUCUGCGGCAGAAAGGAUGUUCCACGUCCGCCGCCAAGGUCUGCAAGUGGUGGUGGUGGCGCUGGCUGACACUCCCAGGGUUCUACUAGGAAACAUAAAUAUCCAAGAAAGUGGAUGGGGAAACGGUGCCGCAGUAGCUCAAUUGGUAGAGCAUCGCACGCGAAAUGCGAAGGUUGUGGGAUCGUUCCCCACCUGCGGCAAGUUGUUUCUUCAUCCACUUUCAUUUCCAUUAAUUUAUUGUUUCUUUAUUUAAUUUAUUAAGCACAAGUAAUUUCCUCUAUGUUGUCCUUGGUAUUGUUUGUUGGCUUCUAACACUAAAAAAAGGAAAUAAGCUCAUAAGAAUUAAAAACGUGAUGCAUUGUUAUACACAUAAUUCAAGGCUUAGAAAAUGCGCACACGAGAAUAUUUCGCAACUCUCAAAUGUUCCUGCUUGUACACUAAUAUUUACGUCCAUAGCAUAAUCGAACUGCGUAGGUGAGCGCAUUCAAGAAAACUGUGGGUGUGUGCCCGUCAAAAAAGCAAAACGUGUGACAAACUUCCACUAAUCUUCAUCUUAUCGCCAACCAGAGGCAAUUAGUUUUCGUGCGUCUCCAAAAAAAGAAAAGGAAACACCUGCACGGCGGCAUCCUUCCUGUGCGCACCCCUGUGAGAACUAAACAAGCGAGAAACAGGCGGUCGCCCUUUGAGCGAUUAGUAACGAGAUAGCCAUCAGUUUUGCGAGCGCAAGAAGCCGAAACCGCCCGCGGAACAAAAGCCAAACCACCGCCCACCCGCCCGCCACCGCUCGAGCGGUAGUAUAUAGACAUGUUGGAGCAAACUAGCUCAAAACAAACCAUUCAACAAAAGCCAAAAGGGAGGCGCGAGAAAAAAAUUCCCUGUGUUCCCUCAUAGUGGCAGCACAUGCCAGAAAAGAAAAAGUUUGGAAAUAUGCGUGCUUUUUACACGUACAGACGGCGCCGUAAAUAUACGGCAUCGACCAUUUUGGGCUUGUUUGCUGCGCCGUAUAUUUACGUCAUUGACCCUGAAAGGCCUAAUAAUCGGGAGACAGUCACCGGUGAAACAGCUAUCAGUACUGAAAAUCCUAUUAACGCGAUAGCAUUAAGGGCCCCGUAUUGCAGAAAAUACGGUGUCGGCAUCCGGUGUUGGCGUUGGCCCUCUUGAGAACGAAAAUAGCCAUAUAUAUUCUAUACAGCACUAAAGUUCUUCUAUCACUAAAGUUGCUCAUACCUUGUCUUACAUUCUUUACAAAGUUAUUCCUCGGAAUUUUGAGAAUGACAGCCCACAAACAAAUGUCAUGAAACAAAACACUGACAGCACAUGCCUUUCAUGUUGAUUCUUCUCAGACUGAUAUAUUAAAAGUGCGAAACAAUAACAGAAGAUCUGCCCACACGAGAGGCUGCAUUUCUACCAGAAAGCUUGCCUUCGUGCAUAGUGUUCUGUGCCAGUGUUUCCCGGUAAACAUUAUGGUUACACAAGCUGCAGUUGCCGGGAAGUGUGGGAAGCAGUCGGGAAUCUUCGAAUGCUAUCGUGUUCUACUCUUAAAGUCAAAGCUUAAGUGUCCUCCAGAUUUUUGCUUUGCUAUCCCAGGAUAUCCUAUUAAAACUGCCACAGUUUUCUUGAUUAUCUGUGUGGACUUUGUGUUAAUCUUUCUUGCGCACUGAAUUCACUGAGCAAGCAUUUCAUUCACUCUGCUUGUUCUUUAGCAUAGUCCUUCUGUACAUCUUUCUACUGUUUAUAUUCCGACCUCAGAACACAUUUUGCUUUUGUAGGCAGAGCUUGUGUUAAAUUCUUACGUUGUCGCCAAGUAUAACUAUAUUGUAUAUUUGAUGCUGCGUCUGAGAUGUAGAUGCAGUUCCUUUAGAAAUCUACUUCCUCACACGGCGAGCAGUACUGUUUACUAAGCAUGUUCAGUGAUGGAGAGCCAUGGCAGUAGUUGAACUCUAAAGCGUCAACUGUGUGGCACUUGCAGUGUAGCACAUGGGAUAUUACCAACCCUUAAACUGCACAUGUCAGCACACAAAAAAUAGGAAGUGUAACAUAGCCUUGAAGUGGUGUGACUAGUUCAUAAUCAGAAUGAGAAGCAUUUAUUAGCUGUUCGGUUGUAGUGAAAUUUUGGCAUAAUGGUUUUUAUCCUUCGCACAUACAACAUUAUUUUGGUGGGCCAUGAUUAACUAGUGUAAAAGGAAAAGCAGAAAGGUGCUUCACUAAAGAAUAGUGUGGUGAAGUAUUCGUUCAAGAUGAAGGACAGUUGCACAAAUUGACAGUGGCAACAAGUUUUCUUGCCUAUGUGAAAGGUCCCUUUGUGUCCACAUGUAUGCAAGAAAGUGUUCUUUUCUUUGCUUGUCUAUUUUGUUUGCACAGUUACCUGAGAAUGACUGAAAAACUUUGCUCGCAUUGUCAAGGGCUGUUGUGUAUCUGUGGAGUGUUGUAUGCUUAUUUCCAUCCCUUUUGGCUUCCUGAGUAUGUAACUUGUAUGUACGUAAUUGUGAAAUGCCUGUGGACAGACUAUUUAUUAGAAUCUCAGCCUCUAUAUAUGUAUAUAUAUAUAUAUAUAUAUAUAUAUAUAUAUAUAUAUAUAUAUAUAUAUAUAUGUAUAUAUAUAGGGGCUGAUCAUUUGUAAGUUUCAUUGAUUUCAAAAAUUGCCUCUUUGCAGAUAACAUAAUUCAAAUCCUUGAGCUCGGUUACUCGAGAGGAGGACAUUACUUGCGCAAGAAAUUGAAACAUAUAUCCAAAAUAAUUAACAAGGAUUCACAAAUUAGCUUAAUUGCAUUAUGACAUAUUUCAAUUUAAGACUUGUGGCCAGUGAAUUUGGAAGGCAUGUCCACUUGGAAUGAAUUUCCAGAAUGACACCUGUUUGGAGAUAUGUCAUCAACCUCGCCGUAAGAAUGCACUGUUCCACUUACUCUUAACAAAACGCUCUGUUGGGUAUUGAAGCACGAAAGUAACUGGAAUGCCUAUGUAUUUUGUGCUAUACUUUAGAAAUUAAUAUCUCUAAAGUGGUGUCAUUCUGGAAAUUAAUUUCAAGUAGAUACCUCUUGCAAGCUCACCAGCUACCAUUUGGAAUUAAUGAAAAAGUUAAUUAGUCCAUAUGUGUUUCGAUUUCUCGUGAGAGUGAUGGCCACCUCUUCGAUUAAUUCAACUCAAGGACAAUAAUUUUGCUAGCUGCCACAGGUGAUUUUUCAAAAUUCUGUAAAACUUAAAAGUGAUCCCCCGACACAGACAUACACGCACGCACGCACGUACACACACACACACACACACACACAUAUAUAUUAUAUAUAUAUGAGAAGAAGGGAAACCAUGGGGCUUGAUUAUUGGUAAUCAUGGCCAUAUAAAGACAAUACACAUAUGCAUAUUGAGCUCGAGGUUGCGGGUUCGAUCCUGGCCACACUUCGAUGGUAGUAAAAUGCAAAAACGGUCAUGUGCUUGGUGGUCAAAAUUAAUCUGGAGUCUCCCACUAUGGUGUGCCUCGUAAUCACACCGGAGCUUUGGCACGUAAAACCCCAGAAUGUAACUUUUAUUUAUUUAAAACAAAGCUCGGGAGAGGGCUGACAUAUUCGAGGAAUUGGUUAAGGGCGCUCUUUAAGGCUAUGUGGAGAAAGUGGUGUGAUGUUACAUAGUGUGAAGGUGGUGCCACCUUUAAGCCAAGCCCCUGUUGUUAUGUGCAGAAAAAUAAAUUAAUAGUAGUAAAAUUCCUUGUAGGUAAAUAUAAAUAACUAGUAUGCUUUAGCAAUGGCUAAAGCAUGCUUAUUUAUUCUACAUCAUGCAGGAUGGCAACAUUUUUGGUUAUAAUGUUUCACUACUGUUUGUUGACUUGUGUAAUUCUUUUGUGUUGAGUUAAGAAUAUAAUUAUUUAAUAAAGGGAUAAGACUAUACUUGUUUCUAUAAUUUAGAGGUAUGAUCAUUCCGUUAGCCAGCUGUCAGAUGGCCUCCUAAACAAGUGGCUGACUGGGAAAAGUGCAAACCAAACCUGACUGAUCACACCAACCACAUACAUGUAUUGCUAAAGUGGCAAACGGGAUAGCAGGAAAGCGAAAAGACAUUUCCGCUGUGUUCAUUUCAAGGCUUUUUCAAUAUUGACACACUUCAAUAGUGAUGGACAGUACUUGCAUGGAAGAAAACAAUAAGCAAUCGUGUGAUGCCAAUUUAAAUGACAGUGGUGUGUUAGAUCGCUUCACAAAAAUGAGCUUUUUAUUUAUUUUGCACCAUUAUCUAAAUCAUCUGCUACCAGCAUGGUAUGUGAAAGAAGUACAACUCAUUAGUCUUGUUGAUGUUCUGGUCAGCUAACAUUUGGGGAGAGUUCAUCUCUUGACAGUCCAAUUUCAUUGUAUCUGCUGAGAUCUGGGUAAAUACACCUUGUGAAAAUGGCACGUUCAUAUGAAAGGAAAGAGAAGGAUGAGGUUUGUGCAAAAAGAAAAACCAGCUGAUUUGGAAAAGAAGCCAGAGGAGGCAUCUCUGAACACAGUAGACAGCAUACACAAAGGCACAAGGCUGUGUUCAGUGGUCUCAGGCUGUUUGGCUUCAUCCAUCCGUAGAACUCUACAAGAAAGGAUCUGCUUCUGUGGGCAUGGAGUAGCAAAAUGUUAUUGUGUCUCUGACAUUACUUGUUUUUGACUGUUGGUGCAUAUAUGUUAUUUCAUUGUACCAUUUUUGUCACACUUUGUGGCACUUUAAUGUUGUACCUUUUUUUUUGCUCAUUCUGCUUAAGCUUCAGUGUUGUGCACUUCAUUUUAGGCCGUUAGUAAGGUAGUAACAUCCAUUGAAGACUGAUAAGAGUCUGACAUUAUGUAGUGCUGUGGACAAAGACAGCUCUGCUAGCACUGGUGUUAUGUUCGUGUGCAUGGUGGGAUGGUUUGUACUUCAUACUUUUAUACUGCCUCUGAGAGAUUUUUCACAUUGUAAACGGCUCUUAUAUUUAUAUAUUUGACAGAAAACAUAAGUUGAUUACAUUUAUUUUUAAUGAAUGAAAGAAAACUAGCUUUUACUUCUUGUUUAAUUGCAGUCUCUUGUGUGUUGUAGUGGACAAAUAAAACACAAAUGGGAAAGUAUAAAGUAGAAGUUUCUCGAGCUUUAUAGCACACUGCCAUGCAUCUUGUCACCAAAGAUGGUGUAGGCCCAAGCUGGAAUCAUGCCGAUAUUACACAAAGUAGUAAACGGGUAAAUGAGAGUGCAUUCUAGUUAGCCCGAACUUGUUUGUAUUUUAGAAUCCACAUUUGUACGUUGUGUGGUGGUUUUGAAGUUAGUGCCUGCUGCGAUAAGCAUGUUUGUACAUGUUCCAGAGAUGUGUGCAGAAUAUUUUCUUUGCUUAGCUAGUUUAAAGACUGCAGUUAGUGGACAACCAACUGAAUAUCUGCACACAAUACCUAUUUUUAACAUUUUAUUCACUAUGGCUUUUAUGGUAUGAUCUGUUGGGUUUGAUCUUGUAUACUGCCUCUCUAGAUCCUUUGCGCACGCCAUAUUAAAAUGAAAAGGGCCAAAAUGAAGGCAGAUCAGCUUGUAAGCCAUAUUAUGGCAGCACAUGUGUCCCAUGACAAUGCUCUCUGUACCAUUUGCACCCACUAAAUCUUAUUCAGUAUA